AUGUGGACGGAGCCCGUGGCGCUGCAGAUCCUCUCUGUGUUCUUCCCGAUCGUCCGAACAUGGCCACGAGAGGCCACCGCGGAGCUGAUCGGGCUGACGCGCGCCGCCCUGCGGAGCAUGGCCCUGCAGGACGACCGCUGGCACUACCAGGAGGUGCUGGAGCACGUGGCGGGCAAGCCCCCAGGAGAGACCGUCGUGCUCACCGGCCACUCGCUCGGGGGCGGCAUGGCCCUUGUCGUCGGCGCCCUCACCGGCAGGCUGGCGGUGGCCCUGCAGCCACCUGGCGUCUACCACUCGCUGGCGAAGCACCAAACCGACAGGGCGAUCAACGGGGACAAGGCGGUUCACCAGAGGAGCGUCACCCUGAAGUUCGAGGGGGACUGGAUCCAGCACUUCGAUGACCACGGGGGGCUGGUGCAGACCAUGGCGUGCGAUCGCUCGCACCAGGGCGUGCAGCUCGCGUGCCAUAUGGUCGAGGGCGCGGUCUGCCACCUAUUGCGGCACUGCGGCGACGAGGAGCAGCGCUUCUGGCGCUGCUCGCACGAGUACGCCCCGUCGUCGGCGCUGCGGGAGGUCCUCAACGCGCUGGGGGCGUGGCUGCGGCAGAUCUGGGUGCGCUCCAGGUGGCGGCGCGAAGAGAUGUUCGGCGACCUGUGGGCCAAGGUCGUGUCCGCCGUGUGCAUCUCCGUCGCAUUCCUGCUCCGCCCCCAGCGGGGGCCAACGCCAGCGGCCGAGGGCGCGGCCGCGAGGCGGCAGGAGAGUCGAUGA